AAAAAUGAAAAAAAGAAUCAUGACAUAUUGAGAUCUUACUCAAAUUCAAUAAUAAAACAAAGACAGGGAGAUUCAUAACUAAAUUGAAUGGUUAUCAAAGAGGCUAAAAUUGCUGAGUUCACAAAAGUAGAAAGGAGAUUCAACCUUAAUCAAAUUGGCACUGAACUUUGAUCGAGUUCAUCGUUAAUCAAAUUGUACUCUUCCUUUAAGCGAAUCCCCAGAUUUGAACAUCUCCAUUCUCCACUAUAUGGAACUUUUUGCCCUUGAUUCCGAUAAUCGGCUUCGAGCUUCCGCCUUGCUACUUCUAUUGUUCUUCCAGAUGACUGGACGUGUAGCUGGAGAGUCAGGCUUGUACCCUUUGGUCGUAAGCACAUGGCCCUUUUUGGAAGCUGUUGAAAGGGCAUGGAGUGCUGUUAAUAAUGGCUAUUCAGCAGUUGAUUCUGUUGUAGAAGGAUGUUCUGCUUGUGAAGAACUGAGAUGUGAUGGUACAGUUGGACCGGGUGGAAGUCCGGAUGAAAAUGGAGAAACAACAAUCGAUGCCAUGGUUAUGGAUGGGGUGACGAUGGAAGUUGGAGCUGUAGCCGCCAUGAGGUAUAUUAAGGAUGGUAUAAAAGCUGCAAGAUUAGUGAUGAGACAUACCAAACACACUUUACUUGUUGGAGAGAAGGCAUCUGCUUUCUCCAUUUCAAUGGGUCUUCCCGGACCCACAGAUCUUAGCUCGCCGGAGUCGAUAGAAAAGUGGAAUAAAUGGAAAGAGAACAAUUGCCAACCUAAUUUUUGGAAAAAUGUUGUGCCUGUCAAUAGCUGUGGCCCUUACCACUCUAAUGGCCUUCUGCUAGUUGCUGAAACGACAUGUCCAGGAGAUGAUCCAAGGAGAGCUGUUGAAUUAAGGUCAAAUCAUUUUGGUCUUCACAGUCACGAUACCAUAUCGAUGGCAGUAAUCGAUAAGUUUGGGUACAUUGCUGUUGGAACAUCCACCAAUGGAGCCACCUUCAAGAUACCAGGCAGGGUGGGUGAUGGUCCUAUAGCAGGAUCUUCAGCAUAUGCCGAUAGUGAUAUCGGUGCAUGUGGAGCAACCGGGGAUGGUGACAUCAUGAUGCGUUUCCUCCCAUGCUAUCAAGUUGUUGAGAGUAUGCGACUGGGGAUGAAGCCAAAGGACGCUGCUAAAGAUGCAAUAUCAAGGAUUGCAAGGAAAUUCCCCGACUUUGUUGGAGCUAUAUUUGCUGUAAACAAAAAUGGUACUCAUGCCGGUGCUUGCCAUGGAUGGACAUUCCAAUACUCAGUUCGAAGCCCAGAAAUGUAUCGCACCGAGAUUUUCACCGUACAUCCCUGAUGCUGCAAAUCUCUUCACUUUUGAUAUUGUGGUGCCUGUGAUUAGUGCAUGAAUGAAACACAUGUACACUGAAAAAUAUGGCAUUGGCUCAUAAGCAUUGGAGUUGAAGUUGAUACACAGACAUUACUUUGCUGUGAUGACUGCUGAGUAGUGUAUGUGAAAGCUUGAUGGGAAGUUGAGCAGAAUUGCAGAACAAAAGCUUCUUGUUAUUUCCAAAACACUCAAAUUAAGGUAUGGAAAACAUUGACUUGUAGGAGUUUGGCCAAAACAACUUUGGUUUUGGGUCUAGUUUUUAUUUGGUACUUUAAGUUUCAAAAUGUUACACAUUUAGCAAGUGUUUAGCUCACCCACAUGAGUUGAAUUGAGUUAGUAAAAAUUAUGGAUUCAAUGUUUGUCCCAUCAACUUUAGAAACUCGAAUAGCGAAAGUGUUUUUAAAUACAAAAUUGAAAUUAUUAAUUUA